AUGCUGUAUCUCUUCAUCAGUUAUUUUUUUAUUCCUCUUGUCCAUGCUGUUAUCGUAACACAAGUUCAUCGAUCACGAAUCUUUUAUCCUGCAUCGUCUUGUUUCUUUCUUCGCAAUGCUUCGUCAAUGGUUAAUCCAUCAAUUCAAUCAUGCACUUGGGAAUGUAUUUAUGAAAAUAAUUGUUGUACAGCUGUGUAUGAUUAUGAUCACAAAGUCUGCUCAUUGUUCAGUGAAACAUGUAGUCUAAACAGCAUCCAAGCUCCAUCUGGAAAUGUUCGAGCCAGUGUGAUCUGUUGCAGACGAAGUUACGGAGCUAAGACUGCUUGCCCCUCUAUAGGUGCUACGACUGUACUGACUCCGGCGAGCACCUCGUCAAGAUCAACAUCAACAUCGCCCAGCACCUCGUCAAGAUCGACAUCAACAUCAACAUCGACCAGCGCCUCGUCAGGAUCAACAUCAACAUCGACCAGCACCUCGUCAAUAGCAAUAUCAACUGGUACCUCACUCAUAUCAACAUCGACUACGUGCACCAGUUGUGUCAUUGUCCCAUCUCAUCAAAAUUCCGCAUCAAACUACCAAGUUGAACACAUUAAUUUCAACUGUACUUCGUCACUUUCCAAUUUUACACUGGUUUACGUCGUUAAACGCAGCAACAACGAAACAUACGCGCAGCAAUAUGCAACUUUUUGGAGUGGAAUAACAAACAUGACUGCGGUUCAAACCGCUUCCGCCGUAACAUACGUGUGGUAUACCCUACCAGAUGCGAUAAUUAAUUUCGCAGGUUUCCCAUAUGCUGCUGAGGCUCAAUUCCAUCACGAUAGUAAUGGACCAUCGCGCUACACAGGUGAUGAUACAUGGUCAAUGACAUUCCAGUCGGUCUGCAGCGAUUGGGUCAAUUAUACUGGCACGUUUUGA